AUGAGUUCUGGGUUUGCUUAUUCACGGGUUCAAGAUGAUUUGAUUUCCGUUGUCUGUGCCCGCUGUGGCGAGGAAAACCCGGCUGGCGACUUCGUAAGCAAACGCAAAUCUGCUGUUAGCACCAAGAACUGCUUGGACUGUCGUAACCAAUCCAGGGACGCAAUCCAGACGUUGAAGAACCUCUCUGUCGGCCCUUCCUCAAGCGAGAGCCCUGCUCUCAAGAGAACAGAAGAGGAUGCUGCUCUAUCGCCUCCAAAUGACAGAUCCGGAACCCAGCAUACAUGGUCGGAGAGGGUACGGCAAUGCCAUACAGCGAGUACGUUAUUUGAAGCCUCGGUAAGCCAGCCGCGUGUAGAGCUGGGGACGCCAUUGCCGCCAACCCAGCAAGGCUCACAGCUCUUCCGGACACUGGCUCCCUCACCCGCCGUGCAGCGAACGACCCAUCCGAUCGUGCCACUGUCUGAUUCAGCUACUGUCCGAGGGAGUACAACCAGUGUGGAUCACGCUUACUUGGCAAAUAGAUACCGCAAAGGGGGGAAGGACUCGCAAGAUGACCCUUCCACAGCCGGGGCGAGGGUCAAGCUGGCCGCUAUCCAGCGCGACCAUCGUUCGCGACGCCGUGUAGGGGAAACUGUAUCACUGACGCCCACAAUAUCUCAGUUGGGCAGCUUUCAAGGCUCAGAGGUUGCUGGAGAAGGUAUAUAUCCCUGUGCUGUGGUUGGCAUUAUCUUCGGGCUGACCAUGGGACAUAGAUGCGACCCAAGAUCCACUACGGACGGGUGGGUUUCAAGUUGGGGUCUGCUAUCUAAGGAAGGAGACGACAGGGACCAGUUCUCAGAGCCUGAUAUUGAUGCUGAGGACUAUGCCAACGUGCUGCUCUCUCCCGCUCGUCCACGCAGGUAUCUCGAGCAAUUGGGAAUCGAGCCGGACUCUGAAUCGGGUGAAGAAGACGAGGAUGGUGAUAGGGACAAUGCUUCUGUGGGCAGAAGCCCUCUUCGCCGUCGGCCGCUGCAGCCGUCCGCACAACCAAGGCGUGGCCGCCGUGGUCCCGCUCCAGGCACAGGAGGGCGGCCAAGAAGGCCUCGGAGGGAAACACGAACACGAUCGUCGAGACCGCCACGACGUCUGCGUAGUCCAGUGAUGAUUCCACCGGAAGAAUUGGCGGUCUUCCAUGCACAAGAUCCGGUGUGGAAUGGCGAUCUUGACGCUUCCGCCUUGACUGACCGCGAUAAGGCCACCCUGCGCGAGUUCUGGACUAAGCUUGACAAUGAUCAGAUGGAAUACUGCGGCAGAUGUCGCGAGUGUUGGUUUCAGAUGGAAAUAGAUUAUGACGGCAUUUGCUCGCGUUGCUAUCGAAGGGAUGGGAAGCGUGGCCCCGACGAGCCUUACUUCUUCUCUGCCGAAAAUCAUCUUGACUUCGGCCCCGUACCGACCCGAUUGCCUGAGCUCACGCCUACGGAAGAGGCAUUGAUUGCUCGCGUCCACGUCCAUGUGAACAUCAUGCUGGUGCGAGGGCAGCAGUACAAGUAUCGGGGGCAUGUCGUUCACUUUCUUCGCGAAGUUGGCUUGGUGUACAACCAGCUCCCGCUUUUGCCACGGGAGUUGAACACGGUAUUGUUGCGUCCUGCCAACACGUCGUCACACGCCAAUCUCAGCCGGCAAUUUACCCGCCAGUUCCGUCUGCGCCGGCAGGCGGUUAUGAUAUGGCUUGACUACCUCCGCCAUCAUCAUCCUGGCUAUCGAUGUAUCAUCAUCGACGACGAGCGACUGAGCCAACUGCCCGAGGACGGCAAUGUGGUGGACGCCAUCCCCCAAAGCCAAGUGGAGGCUGCCGACGUGGGACCGGAGGAAGAUCAGGAGGCAGAGCCUGAGCUAGAGGACGCGGCUGCGGUGCCUGACCUGUUGGCCAAGGACACGGAGCUCGAUGCUCUGCGGUCUAUUCUCGCUGGCGAGCCAGAAGCAAAUGCAAUGCAGCCGCUUGCAACAGGUUCUCAAGGGCAGGCGCAGCACGAGCUGCAGCUACCGAAUAUACGGCACACACCGAUCAAUGAGUUCAAUCGCUCUCAUGCCCUUUUCUCAUUGGCAUUCCCCUGCCUCUUCCCGGACGGCAGAGCCGACUUUGUGGAGCCUCGCUUGCGGUCGAUUGAGUACAAGGAUUACAUCGAGCACGCCAUGCGGUGGCACGACGGGCGUUUUGCGCGGCACCCAACCUUCCGUUUUGUCGCAUUCAACACCCUGAUGCGGUCCCAAGCACGGGCGCGGUCGAAAUUCUUCGUGAAGCAACAUGAUGGCACCCGCGAACCGCUCACGCGAGAGCAGCUUAUUCAGGCUCUCGAACACAGCGAUGACCCCGAGGCGCAGGCGCUGAUAAACUCGAUCACUAGGCAUGCAGUGUCGAUUCGCGGUACGCGCCCCUUUUGGAACAGGAAGAGGCAGGACCUCGAGGCAAUGGCUGCGCGCGUCCGAGCCGGAGAGGAUGGCAUUGUCGCGGUACUUGUUGCGGCAGAAUCCUCACAUUGCUGCCUCUUUCGAGAUAUCGUGUUGCGGAAGAAGUUCAACAUCACGGAUUACUGGGAUCGGUACGAAUGGCAAGGGCGUGGUAGUCCGCACAACCAUGGCUUGUACUGGAUGGAAAAUUGCCCCCGAACCGACAUGGAGGAUGAAGCCGCUCGUGAUGUAUUUGCACGCACGUGGGGAUUCCACAUCACUGCCAUUAACCCCGAGCCGACUAGGGCUGUGCCUCAGGGUGAGGGUAAUCCGCUGAGCGUGGAUCCCCUAAGCAUCGAGAUGACAUUCCUGCGACUCUCGCAAAUUGUCAACCGUUGCCAGCGUCACAAGUGCAAUACCACGUACUGCUUGCGUGUGAGGAAGAGAACCGGCGACCUGGCAAGGGACAUGGAAGGGGCUGCCGCAGACAUCGAGGCAGCCAAUGUUGCCAGUCCAGAGAGGGAGUGUCGGUUCGACUUCCCUCGCGCUCUGCGGGAGCUGGCCGCAAUUAUCAGGAAGGAGGGAAGGUCGUACUACGUCUUCGAGGCGGCCCGCAACGACAACAUCAUGAACCACUUCAAUCCUGUCAUUGUCCUAGGCUGGCUUGCCAAUAUCGACAUAUCUCCGUGCACCAGCCUACAGGCGGUCAUUACGUACGCUGCGAAGUAUUGCAGCAAAUCCGAGAAGAAGAUGGAACCUUAUUGCAAUCUUGCAGACCAGGUUUUGCCGCACACAGCACACCGUCAGCCCCUAUUGUCAUUCUCCUCACGUCUUAUGAAUAAGCUGAUUGCCGAGAGGGAUUACUCAGCGCAGGAGAUUUCCCAUCUGCUGCUCAACAUUCCUCUGCAAGAAGGCACACGGUUGGUGGUCGCAGUGGACUGCCGUCCGUUGGCGCAACAUGCGCGUUCUUAUCGCGUCGACGAAGAUGUCCAUGAGACCAUUGGGAGCUACAGGAAAUAUCUGGAGAGGAAUGACCAACAUGAAGAUAUAACCUACCUUGAAUACCUGCAAUCGUACAAUCUCAAGACGUGGUGGAGACUCGCUACUCAGGCGAAGAAGAGGGUCCUGUCUUACUUCCCUCGAUACAGGUCCAUGGAGUCAUCUCCCCAGUUUAAUGACUUCUGCCGUGUCAAAUUGAUGAUGUCUCGUCCACAUCGCUCUCCAGAGGACUUGCUCACUCUGGACGGGCAUCGGUUCGAUUGCUUCGCGGCUGCGUACAAGUUUUGCAGAGAGCAGCACCACGACACCCAUGCGGACGAUCAUUAUGGGCUACCAGAGACAAAUGAACUGGGGGCAGAGGACGAUGAAUUCGAACUAGAGGCCCACGAAGAGCCUGUUGCGGACGAGGACUGGCAUGAACUCGCCCGCAUGCUUCCGGACCGCCCGCUGGAGGAAGAGGAUAUCGACGUGCUCGGCUGCCGAGAUAUUGACAUCGAUUAUGAUUGGACCCCUCACGUUGGACGGUAUGCUGAUGAUGGAAUUCUCAACGGCGACUACUGGAAGCAACCGCCUAGUCUACGAUACGGUGAUGUACCACUUUUUGACCCAGGAAUCUUCUCAGUUGUUACUUCAUGUAGAUGGUGGAAGUCAUACCUCAUUAAUCUGCUCUCCGCGCACCUCCAAGCCGCAGCUGUGUGGAGAGGGACACCCGUUUGGCGUGCCGCGCCAACGGGCGUCGCGGGGAAUCAAAUAUCGCGCACCACCUUGCACUCCCUGCUGCACCUCCCAAUCAACAAGGACUUCAAGCCCCUGUCGCCCACUGACAUGGCCCAGCUCCUGAAGGACAUCAGGUACCUGAUCAUCGACGAGAAGAGCAUGUUGGGACUGCGUCAGCUAUCAUGGAUCGAUGACCGUCUCCGCGAAGCGUUCCCGAAUAGGAAUGAGGAAUUCUUUGGUGGACUAAAUAUACUGUUGGUUGGCGACUUCUUUCAACUUCCCCCCGUGCUGCAGAAGCCGCUUUACUACGACAAGGAGGUACAAGGAGUGGAGAUCAAAGGCAGGAACGCGUAUAGACACUUCGAUAAAUCGGUCUUCUUGAAAAUUGUCCAGCGGCAACGGGGCGACGAACAGAAGGCGUUUCGCACAGCUCUCGGGGAAUUACGGCUGCUCCAACUAUCGGUGGAGUCCUGUAAGCUCCUUUCCGGUCGGGUACAGGCAAAGCUAGAUGAUCAAGAGGUCGCCAAGUUCGCCAACGCCUUACGAGUAUACGCCACUAAAGAUAGGGUGAACGAAUAUAAUCACUACCACCUUGAUCGCCUCAGCCGGCCAGUCAUUCAAGUCAAGGCUAAGAAUUUGGCCUCCGGCGCUCGCGGUACAGUCUACGACAUUGGCUGGGAACCUGGGGCUGAUCCAAUCCAAGACCCUCCCUGCGUCAUCAUGAUGGAGUUUGACAAAUACAGCGGGCCGGUGUUCCUGACCACCCCCGAUGGCAGGAAGAUUGUUCCGAUCCUCCCAGUAGACAGGGACUUCCUCAUUGGAGCCACUCUUUGCACUCGCACCCAGUUUCCCCUGAUCGUAUGCUACGCCAUUACUGUUCACAAGUCGCAAAGCAUCACUGAAGAUGUGAUUGUCACAGAUCUCUCCUGUAGGGACUUUCAGACUGGUUUGAGCUACGUAGCUGUCUCUCGCGUGAACACGCUCCAGGGCCUGAUGCUGGAUGCGCCCUUUGAUCGUAGUCACCUGUUUUACGAGUCUCCACCAGAGGGCAUGAAGAUGAAGAUGAGAGAUGAGCGGCAUAGGAGACGACACGUUCUUACACGGAAUCCAUAUAGAACGGACCACGGCUCUGCGUAA